GUUCUGAAUUAAAAAAACAUCAAAGAAUACAUACUGGGGAGAAACCUUAUAGUUGUAAAUUUUGUGGAAAACAAUUUGGAGAUAAUAGUCACUUAAAAAACAUGAACGAAUACAUACUGGGGAAAAACCUUACUGUUGUACAGUUUGUAACAAAGACUUUAAAACGAAUACUCAGUUAAAAAUGCAUCAAAGAAUACAUACUGGGGAGAAACCUUACAGUUGUAAAUUUUGUGGAAAACAAUUUGGAAUUAGUGGUAGCUUAAAAAUACAUCAAAGAAUACAUACUGGGGAGAAACCUUACAGUUGUGGAGUUUGUGGAAAACAAUUUCGAAGUAGUAGUAACUUAAAGCAACAUGAACAAACACAUACUGGUGAGAAACCUUACAGUUGUGUAGUAUGUGAUAAACAGUUUAGAACAAACACUGAAUUAAAAUAUCAUAUAGGAAUACAUACUGGGGAGAAACCUUACAGUUGUGACAUUUGUGAAAAAGACUUUAAAACAAAUAAGGAAUUAAAAAUACAUCAAAGAAUACAUACUGGGGAGAAACCUUACAGUUGUGACAUUUGUGGAAAACAAUUUCGAACUAGUAGUAACUUAAAACAACACGAAGGAACACAUACUGGUGAGAAACCUUACAGUUGUGUAAUAUGUGAUAAACAGUUUAGAACAAACACUGAAUUAAAAUACCAUAAAGAAAUACAUACUGGGGAGAAGCCUUACAGUUGUGACAUUUGUGGAAAACAAUUUGGAACUACUGGUAACUUAAAAAAACACAAACAAACACACAGUGGGGAGAAGCCUUACAGUUGUGAUGUUUGUGGAAAAGACUUUAGAACAAUUGCUAAAUUAAAAAUUCAUCAAAGAAUACAUACUGGGGAAAAACCUUACACUUGUGAUGUCUGUGGAAAAAAAUUUGGAACUAGUGGUAACUUAAAAAAACACAAACAAACACACAGUGGGGAGAAGUCUUACUGUUGUGGAGUUUGUGGAAAACACUUUCAAACAAAUAACAGAUUAAAAUUUCAUGAAAAAAUACAUACUGGUAACUUAAAAAGACAUCAACAAAUACAUGUUGAAGAGAAACCUUACAGUUGAGCCAUUUGUGAAAAAGAUAUAAGAAUAAAUCAGGAAUUAAAAAUACAUCGAAGAAUACACACUGAAGAGAAACCUUACAGUUGUGUAGUAUGUGAUAAACAGUGAAUACUGAAUUAAAAUAUCAUAUAGGAAUACACACUGAAAAGAAACCUUACAGUUGUGACAUCUGUGCAAUACAAUUCGGAACAAACUCUAGAUUAAAAAAAUAUAAACAAAUACAUACUGUGCUGAAAUCUUACACUUGUGUAAUAUGUGAUAAACAGUUUAUAACAAAUGGUGGAUUAAGAUAUCAUAACACAUACAGAGAAUCCUUACUGCUGUACAGUUAAUGAAAAAUAAUUCUCAAGUGACUAUCUUAAAAGUGCAUUGAAUGAUACUCUUACGAAGAGAAACCAGUUUCACAGUUUAUGGAAAACAGUUU